AUGCCCCGGGGCUUCCUUCUCCAGAGGUACACCCGCCACAACUCGGAUGGUGAGGACAACCGCUCGGACUCGUCCUCUUCCUCGGACGAUCACGACGCCGUCCGGUUCGCCUCCUCGCCGCCAGCAGCGGUCGUCAAAAGCUGCGAGUCGCUGCUCCUCCGGGCCACCGCUCUGCUGCAGCCGGACCACGCGUCUACGCCUCCGUCUUCUCAGGAUGCGGCCAAGAAGAAGAAGUUGUCUCCCACGGGGCCACCGCCUCUCUUACACGGAAGUCCUCCACGGAAGAGCGCCAGCACUGGCGCUCCUCACAAGCGCACCUCCAGCGCUUCGCCUUCGCCGCACAACAACCGAGCCAGCGGGGGAAGCAACGGCGGGCCUGGAACUGUGAACGGUGCCGCAAAGUCCGCCGUGCGCCGUCUCCUCUUCGACGAGGACACACUGUCUCCAGUAUCCGGCACUUUCAUUCGACCUUAUAGCGACGAGGACGACCUAGAACUCGACGAAGAGCUCGACUACGACAUUCCGGCCGCGCUGAAUCCCGUCGUGGUGAGCGAGGAAGCGCGUGCCGAGCUGGCCAAGAUUGAGAACAAGAUCGGCGCCUACGUGUGCCGCCUGUGCCGGCAGCGGUUCGGCGACGCGUUCGGGCUCGCCCAGCACCGGUGCUCGCGCAUCGUGCACCUCGAGUACCGGUGUCCCGACUGCGCCAAGCUGUUCAACUGCCCCGCAAACCUGGCGUCACAUCGCCGCUGGCACCGGCCCCGGAACGAGACGGGAGGCAGCGCGUCACCGUCGGCCGACUGCAAGCAGCAAGGCACCUCCGCGUCCGACGAAGAGGCGGUGGGACCGUACGCGUGCCCCGUCUGUCCCAAGAGGUUCCGCAGGCUCGCCUACCUCCGCAAGCACGCCAACGUUCACACGCAGGCUGAGGCCACGUGA